GAAGCCAAGUUGAGCGACUUUGGCAUCUCGCGCGAGCGCACACAAGACGAGACGAUGACGGCGGGCGUCGGCACGAUCUUUUGGACAGCACCCGAGGUACUGCUCGGUGAACACUACUCGGAGAUGGCCGACAUUUACUCGUUUGGCGUCGUGCUCUGCGAGAUGGACACGCAUGGACCACCGCUAGCCGAGUGCAAGGGUCUUCCGCAAGCCACGAUGAUCCAUCGAGUCACGAACGAAGGACUCCGCCCGUCACUGACACCGACGUGUCCCCACAACGUGCGAUCGCUCGCCGCGCGGUGCAUGGCCCGGGACCCCAAGACCCGGCCCAACGCGUACGAGUUGAUUGCGAUCUUGCAGCACUGGAGCGAGUCGAGCCUGUCCUUGCCACAACCGCACUCGGGCGAGAUCGUCCUGUAGAUGUAGGAACGGAUGUAUAUCGACUCUGUAGUAAGUA